UGGCUGUCAGACAGCCCAAAGACUCUGUGGAGGAACAACAACCCCGUGACAAAGGAACACCGAAUGUCAAGAGGGGGAAUGGAGGAAAGCUAUGAGACAUUUGAGGAGGAGUUAUGGCCACCGAGGGCAGACGCUCCUCCACAGAGACCUGUUCGACAGAUCCGCAGAGCAAGUGGCGAAAUGUACACUGCAAGAAAAAUCAGAGAGGAAGUGCCUCCUGUGUCUCUGCAACCAAUAUCAGAACCUAAGAUCUUAUCCAGAGAACCCAGCUUCACCAAAGCUACAUCCUUGCAUAAAACCUUGUCGAUCCAGAACCUGACUCAGCUAGAGACACCCUGGGAAAACGUCACCCUCAACCGUUGUCUUUUUGUAGCCAUCGCCAUCCUGGUGCUCACCUCAGGCUUCCAGAAGCUUCAUGAAACUUUACGUGGCCAGGGAAUAGUAGAGGAAGAGGAGGAAGCUGGACUAACAAUGAGACGAUCAGAGUGGUUACGUCACAGAGGCCGUCUGCCGGAGCCAGAGACGUCUCUAUGGGAAGUCGUGUUUUGGUGGCUGCCAGACCUUGAUGAUGAAGACGAAGACGAGGAUGACGAUGAAGAGAUCAAAAGAAGAAAAUCAAAGAGGGAAGUAACAAGACGAACAUCGAGAGGUCUCAGGAACAGGCCGCUGCCAGAGAAAAAACUCUUAAAGCAAAGAGACGGGAAAUUAAAGGACAGGAGGGCCAGGAAAGCCAGGGCUAACAAAAUCAAAGACAAGAGAGGGACAGCCAGGAAAGAGGACCCUGAAGAGGCAGCAGACGAACAGGAUGAAAGAGAAGAGGAGACAAAGGCAAAAAAAGAAUAAGCUGCAAGAUGGGAAAUAAUUUUUAAAAAAAUAAAAAUUUCUGCUCUCACUA